AUGGCCGAUAAAAGUUCCAAGGAGUGCCCACCAAAUUUUCUCGUUUUCAGCCUGGUUAUGUGUCUGGGGCUAAUGAAACUGCACUGCCAUGGUGUACCCACUGCCAAUGCAAAUCAAUUCACACUAGCAACAACAAUAACAUCAGCAAAUGAUACUACAAGCAUAGAUAAGCUAAUGGCACUUAAGGAAGGCAAUGACCAGCAAAGUGUACAUUAUAAAAAUGAAAUGCCUGAAGACCUACGUGCAACAGCAACAACAACAACUACCACAAGUAGGCGAAAAGGGGACACAGUGACAGUCUCUACAACCACUUAUGAUCAGCACGCUUACGUCACAAAUAGCAGCAUCGACAUUGCGUUGACACCGAUGAUGAGCCUUUUGCCGCCCAAUGUGGCUUUUAGCUUAAAAGCGUCCGCAGAAACGGCACCGAAGGACGCAUCGACAACUGCCGCCACUUUCGACACUGAGCGCGUGCAGAACGAACGAUAUGAGCAACAAAAAAAUGACAAACAACAACACCAACAACUGCCCACCAUCACGCGCGCAAUGCAAGUGGCACGCAUCUACGAAUCCUUCCGCGCGCUGCCCGAACUCGACGUCCACAGCGCCGCCGACAGCGCGCCGCGUUUUAAGCGCAUGUCGGAUCUAGCCACGGACGACACGCCGCACGCAACAGCAAGCAGCGGCAACAUGAGCACGACGUGGCCGCCGACAACAACAACCACAACAACAGCAAAUGUGAACGCCAAUGUGACAACAGCAAGCAACAUGCGGAAACGCACCGCAUCUGCGGAUAUGUUGAGUCGCAACAUUUCCAUCAUUUUGGAGAAUCUGCUUAAAAGCUACGAGCAAUCACAGCUGCCAACGCACGGACAAGGCAUUCCAACGGUGGUGCGGACCAACAUUCUCAUACGCAGCAUGGGUCCUGUCUCGGAGCUGGACAUGGACUAUUCGAUGGAUUGCUACUUUCGGCAGUAUUGGCAUGACAAGCGUUUGAGCUUCCAGGGCCCGAUACAAAGUCUAUCACUCAGCAUUAAGAUGCUGGACAAAAUUUGGCGUCCGGACACAUACUUCUUCAACGGAAAGCACUCGCAUAUACACACAAUCACUGUGCCCAAUAAGUUAUUGCGCCUGGAUCAAAAUGGCGGCAUUCUAUACUCGAUGAGACUAACAAUAAAAGCGACAUGCCCUAUGGAACUUAAAAACUUUCCGAUGGAUCUACAAUCCUGUCCGUUAAUAAUCGGUAGCUACGGCUAUACAAAUCGCCAACUAGUAUACGAGUGGAAGGGUGAGGAUGACGCAGUGUCAUUUGUGCCCGGCAUGACAUUGAAUCAAUUCGAUUUGAUAAGCAUGAAACAGCGUAACUUCACCUACACCAGGCGAGAGGGAGACUUCUCUGUGCUGCAUGUGGCCUUCAACCUCAAACGUCACACAGGCUAUUUUCUCAUACAGGUAUAUGUGCCCUGCAUAUUGAUCGUCGUGCUGUCAUGGGUCUCCUUCUGGAUACACCGUGAAGCGACCAGCGAUCGCGUUGGCCUCUGCGUGACCGCUGUGCUCACACUCUCCACGAUUAGUUUAGAUUCGCGCACCGAUUUGCCGAAAGUGAAAUAUGCCACUGCCUUGGAUUGGUUUCUCUUGAUGAGUUUUCUGUAUUGUAUUGCGACGCUACUCGAGUUUGCGGGUGUGCACUAUUUUACAAAGGUGGGCAGUGGCGAGAUACCCAUAAGCGAGGAUGAAUGGGAGGACAUUGACGAAGGCGCGGCUGAUGACGAUGAAGGCGAAGAGGAGGCUCAAAGUAGUUCGAUAAAACACAGUAAUGAGUCCGCGUAUGAAAUUCCACAUCCCUUGGCUGGCAACUUUUGUAAACGCAAUGCGAUGAUUUCCCCCAUUUUCAACGACCCCACGCAAAUUUUUCCAGCACCGUCCUCACACGCCUCUACAAUGGAACGUACCACACAAACGGAGCCACCGGUUAUAUCGAAGGGAAAACAAAUGUGGCUUUGUCUAAUAGGUGAUGAUAAAUUUCGACGGCAGAGAGAACGUGCUGCAGCGGUUACUAAAGGAAGCCGCUAUGUGAACAGCGUCUCUCUGAUAGAUCGGGUCUCGCGUGUUGCUUUCCCAAUGUCUUUUGCUUUCUUCAAUUUACUCUAUUGGCUGGCAUACGGAAUGUACAAAAAAGAGUUCACGUGGUCAACCGUAAAGGGAUAAAAAAUAAACAG